AUGAAUAAAUCAUUUAAUGCUUUAGGAACUUUUAUCUAAGAUAUUAAUAAAUAGAUUAGUCCACUUUAAAUCUUAUUUUAAUUUAAAUGUAUUCAAGGAAAAAAAAUUAAAGCUUAAUUUAAUAAAUGUUCUACAUGCGUUGGUCUUAGCAAAAGUUAUAAUCAAAAUUAAGUUUGCUAUAACAACAAACAAAUUAUUUCAUUCUAUCCAAAAUAUAAUACAGAUGCUUUUUACAAAGGUAAUUUAAGAAUAUUAAUUGAAAAUUCAAAAAUUACAAUCACAUAACUAUUAUAUGAUCGUCAAGUAGUUAUCGCUAUGAUAGAAUAUUUAGAUUAAUGA